UUUCAUUCUAAUUGCAUUUUUAAAUUGCAUUUGUGUUAUGGUUAGGAAAGACCCAACUCAAAUCAAAUGGUUUUUAAUUUAUAGGAUGUUUCGAAGGUGAAACGAGCCAAAAUCGAACAAGAGACACCAAAUACAGAUGGCCAGGUAGUUAGUAACAUUAUAUUGUUGCGAUUUUCAUUCUAAUUGCAUUUUUCAAUUGCAUUUGUGUUAGUGUUAGGAAAGACCCAACUCAAAUCAAAUGGUUUUUAAUUUGUAGGAUGUUUCGAAGGUGAAACGAGCCAAAAUCGAACAAGAGACACCAAAUACAGAUGGCCAGGUAGUUAGUAACAUAUUGUUGCGAUUUUCAUUCUAAUUGCAUUUUUAAAUUGCAUUUGUGUUAGUGUUAGGAAAGACCCAACUCAAAUCAAAUGGUUUUUAAUUUGUAGGAUGUUUCGAAGGUGAAACGAGCCAAAAUCGAACAAGAGACACCAAAUACAGAUGGCCAGGUAGUUAGUAACAUAUUGUUGCGAUUUUCAUUCUAAUUGCAUUUUUAAAUUGCAUUUGUGUUAGUGUUAGGAAAGACCCAACUCAAAUCAAAUGGUUUUUAAUUUGUAGGAUGUUUCGAAGGUGAAACGAGCCAAAAUCGAACAAGAGACACCAAAUACAGAUGGCCAGGUAGUUAGUAACAUAUUGUUGCGAUUUUCAUUCUAAUUGCAUUUUUAAAUUGCAUUUGUGUUAGUGUUAGGAAAGACCCAACUCAAAUCAAAUGGUUUUUAAUUUGUAGGAUGUUUCGAAGGUGAAACGAGCCAAAAUCGAACAAGAGACACCAAAUACAGAUGGCCAGGUAGUUAGUAACAUAUUGUUGCGAUUUUCAUUCUAAUUGCAUUUUUAAAUUGCAUUUGUGUUAGUGUUAGGAAAGACCCAACUCAAAUCAAAUGGUUUUUAAUUUGUAGGAUGUUUCGAAGGUGAAACGAGCCAAAAUCGAACAAGAGACACCAAAUACAGAUGGCCAGGUAGUUAGUAACAUAUUGUUGCGAUUUUCAUUCUAAUUGCAUUUUUAAAUUGCAUUUGUGUUAGUGUUAGGAAAGACCCAACUCAAAUCAAAUGGUUUUUAAUUUGUAGGAUGUUUCGAAGGUGAAACGAGCCAAAAUCGAACAAGAGACACCAAAUACAGAUGGCCAGGUAGUUAGUAACAUUAUAUUGUUGCGAUUUUCAUUCUAAUUGCAUUUUUCAAUUGCAUUUGUGUUAGUGUUAGGAAAGACCCAACUCAAAUCAAAUGGUUUUUAAUUUGUAGGAUGUUUCGAAGGUGAAACGAGCCAAAAUCGAACAAGAGACACCAAAUACCGAUGGCCAGGUAGUUAGAAACAUUAUAUUGUUGCGAUUUUCAUUCUAAUUGCAUUUUUCAAUUGCAUUUGUGUUAGUGUUAAGAAAGACCCAACUCAAAUCAAAUGGUUUUUAAUUUGUAGGAUGUUUCGAAGGUGAAACGAGCCAAAAUCGAACAAGAGACACCAAAUACAGAUGGCCAGGUAGUUAGUAACAUUAUAUUGUUGCGAUUUUCAUUCUAAUUGCAUUUUUCAAUUGCAUUUGUGUUAGUGUUAGGAAAGACCCAACUUAAAUCAAAUGGUUUUUAAUUUGUAGGAUGUUUCGAAGGUGAAACGAGCCAAAAUCGAACAAGAGACACCAAAUACAGAUGGCCAGGUAGUUAGAAACAUUAUAUUGUUGCGAUUUUCAUUCUAAUUGCAUUUUUAAAUUGCAUUUGUGUUAGUGUUAGGAAAGACCCAACUCAAAUCAAAUGGUUUUUAAUUUGUAGGAUGUUUCGAAGGUGAAACGAGCCAAAAUCGAACAAGAGACACCAAAUACAGAUGGCCAGGUAGUUAGAAACAUUAUAUUGUUGCGAUUUUCAUUCUAAUUGCAUUUUUAAAUUGCAUUUGUGUUAGUGUUAGGAAAGACCCAACUCAAAUCAAAUGGUUUUUAAUUUGUAGGAUGUUUCGAAGGUGAAACGAGCCAAAAUCGAACAAGAGACACCAAAUACAGAUGGCCAGGUAGUUAGAAACAUUUGUUUUGUUUCCUCUUGAUAUUAGGCUAUUUCAUUUCACAGAUUUGAAGAAAUCAUAAUUGUGAUUCACAUUGUCUUUUUCUUUUUUGCCAGGAUUUGUUGACACCUGGAGUGGGUAUAGAUAGUGGGUCAGGAGAUAUUCAAUUUAUGUCUCCUUAUCUGUACCCAAUUUUUCGACAGCGAAGUGCAGGAUCCACAGAAGUGUCUUUUGUUGUUUCUGAAGAUGAGGAUACGUUUGGCUUUCCAGAGGAUUUUUCAAACACUUUAAAUAUAAGUCCAUCAGAAUGUAAGUUAUUUAUUGACAAUUAUUAUUUUAAAACGUGUUGUGUUUGUAUUAAAAAUACGAUAUCUUUUCUAAUCUCACGUAUCUAAGCUUAUCUCAAGUUUUGCAAUGAGAGUUUUUCUUAAUUUGAAUUAGAAACUCUUUUCUUUACUUAUUUCCAGUGCUUCUCGGUAUCUGGUCAAAAGGACCUGUCGGUUUCACAGAAGCCAAAUACGCAGGGUUCCAUUUGAAAGACUACAGCUUUUCAAAACUUAAAGAUGGCUGCGAGAUCGAUGAUGAGGUAGUGAUUCUUUUCUUUAGUUCUAAAAAUUUCCCAUAUCUUCUUUUUUUGUUUCCUAUUUCGCUUCAAAUUUACUAAUACAAAGAUUAACUGGUUUAAAAAUGGUGUAAACUAAGCGAUAAUUUGUCAACUUUUGCAUAUGUUCUUAUACAGUUUGUCUUGGAAAUCAAAAUAAUUUUAAUUGCAUUUGAGCAUCAAACUCUUAUUAAAUUAUUCUAUAAACUUGUUUUCAGAUCAUAGAUGCUUACUUACAGCUGCUUGUGAGAAAAGCAUACAAUGACAAAAAGGUAAUGCUUCUUAGUCACUAAUGUUUUUUUUGUACCCUUCAGCUCUGUGCAUUUGCUACAAUUUGCUAAGUUUUCUUAUUUUUACAUUUGUGAUAUUUUGCAGGUUUAAGCGCCAGUUGUAAAAACGUUUCUGUUAUAACAACAGAUUUUCUGAUUAUUUGCAGUUGGAUGUACUGACAAUCAAUUCAGUCAUAAUGACCGACAUUUGUGCUGGGCGUGAUUACAGAGGUCGCUUGAAGGAGGUUGAUGUCGGUGCUUUUGACCUAGUCCUUGGUUGUGACAAUUAUGGUGGAAACCACUGGAAUCUUUUUGCUGCUUGGCCAAAAUCUGGAAAGAUUUCAUAUCUAAAUCCUCUGGGCGAGUCUGUGCCGCAUCUCGAGAAAAUCAAGAGAAACUGGAGAAACUUCUGCUAUCAAAGAGCGAUGAGCUGGAAGACAAGCAUGCCAAGGGAAUGGUUCAUUGUUAUCCCAAACCACCCAAAGCAACAUGACUCGUACAAUUGUGGUGUCUUCUGUAUGAAGUUUGCUGAGGUUUUGCUAAGAGACCAGAGUUGGCAAUUCAAAAUGAAGUCGGAAGAUUUAAUCUCAUAUCGCAAAAUGAUUGGUCAACUGCUGCUCUCUGACUCAGAUGAACUCGAUAAUGGAUGGUGCAGGAUUUGUGGAACAUUUGCUGGUGACACUCAGUGGGUAUGUAAAAGCUAUUUUGUAGACUUUUAGAUAAAAAGUAUUGAAAUUCUAUUGUGUGCAGUUUUUAUCUUUAAAAAAUUAAAUUUUGUUUAAUAUUUACUUUUCAAUAUUUAAAUGCUCUCGAUGGUUUCACUUGCGCUGCGUUAAAAAAUCAUUCGAGGAAGCAAACGAGAUGAUUUUUGAAUGCAAAGCCUGCAUCCAACAGUCGUCGAUUCUGCUUGAAUCAAUCGAUGGAAAAAAUGAAGAACCGCGUGCAAGCUCAUCUCCAAAGAUCGAUGAGCAUCAAAUGGAAAAAGGAAAAGGAGCGAGAGAGCUGCCAAAAAGAUUGUAUGAAUUUAAUCUCCUUUUUUCCAAUAACAAAGCGAAAAGAUGCCAGCAUUGCCGCAGACAGUUUCGAGAAGAAGCAGCCAGGAAACUUAAUGGUUGGAAAAUACAGCACGUUCCAGGUUCCAACCAAGAAAGGACUACGAAAGUCUACCAGAAAUUACUACUUCUGCGUCAAUUUGAAUUGCAUAAAGGAAGAGUUCGAUGACUUUUCGUGGGACAAAUUAACAAUUGAAAACGAAAUUAAAGAAAAAUUAACGGCGAACAAUGUUAAAUGGUUAGAAACAUUAGGUAUUGACUCGUCUAGUUAUUAGAAAAUGUAUAUUUUCCCUCUCCUCUUAAAAACUAUAGGAACUUUUCAAAGCAGUACUAGCAACCGCGAACAAAAACUCUAGGACCUUUGAUCCAAUCACCUUUCGUACUUGUACAGAAAAGAAUGUAUUUUAAACGUCCCUUUGCAGUAUUCUCCUUCCAGCCACAGAAUUGAAUCUUUAUUGAUUGAUAGUCGCAAAAAGUACAAUCUUUUCUUCAAAAAAAAUUCUAUACAUUUUGUGCAGGAUCGAUAUUUUAAAGAAAAGUUUGGAUUAAUUCAGAACACAUUCUUACAGUAUUGUUAUAAUGCUCGCCCUGAAAAAAAACAAUUUUCAAAAAAAUAUAUUCAGUAACUCAGAUCUCUGUUGUGUACACUGAACAACAGGCAACUACUGGAAAAUGAAAAAGAAAUAUGCAAGCUGAAUCUGGAAAAUAACCUUACAAAAUUUUUAGAACUUUUAUAACACUGAGCCUGAAUAUACUCUCAACAAUAUUUUUACAAUAAAAUGUAUUUCGAAACGUAUUUCAUCACAUAUCGAUAACAAAUAUGUAUUAGCUUCGCGUUAAAAUGAGAAAUCUUUGAAAUUAAAAUAAGAAAUUAGAAUUAAAAUCUUCAAAAUCGUUAAUAAUGCUCCUUUUGAAAAAAUAUAUGUCGAUGGAUUAGGACCUAAAUAAAAGCAAAAACCUUUAGAAAUGCAAUAUUUUGAAUAAUUUUGUAAGCAAUAUACCGUUAACAAUUAAUCUGCUAGAAAAGGAGACUAUACAUAAUCAAAGCUAUGGUUAUCUCUGCCUAUUUCGAUUCUUGUCCAAAAUACAGCAAUUUAAAAACGUUGAUAAUAUGAUAGUUCUCAUCGAUUUGAAGCAUUAAGAACAGUGACAAGUUUUAGACUUAGACAGGGGGCAGGUAAGGUAGGCCACGCAGAUAAAUUGAAACUUUACAUUUCCAAUUUUUCUGCGUGGGCUCAUUAUUUUCUUUUCUUAUCCAAAAUAUAGCAAUUUUUCAUCAAAAACGUUGAUAAUAUGAUAGUUUUCAUCGAUUUGAAGCAUUAAGAACAGUGACAAGUUUUAGACUUAGACAGGGGGGCAGAUAAGGUAGGCCACGCAGAUAAAUUGAAACUUAACAUUUCCAAUUUUUCUGCGUGGGCUCAUUAUUUUCGAUUCUUGUCCAAAAUAUAACAACUUUUCAUCAAAAAUGUUGAUAAUAUGAUAGUUCUCAUCGAUUUGAAGCAUUAAGAACAGUGACAAGUUUUAGACUUACACAGGGGGGCAGAUAAGGUAGGCCACGCAGAUAAAUUGAAAUUUUACAAUUCCAAUUUUUCUGCGUGGGAUCAUUAUUUUCGAUUCUUGUCCAAAAUAUAGCAAUUUUUUAUCAAAAACGUUGAUAAUAUGAUAGUUCUCAUCGAUUUGAAGCAUGGAGGACAGUGACAAAUUUUAAACUUAGACAGGGGGGCAGAUAACGUAGGCCACGCAGAUAAAUUGAAACUUAACAUUUCCAAUUUUUCUGCGUGGGCUCAUUAUUUUCGAUUCUUGUCCAAAAUAUAGCAAUUUUUUAUCAAAAACGUUGAUAAUAUGAUAGUUCUCAUCGAUUUGAAGCAAUAGGGACAGUGACAAGUUUUAAACUCACACAGGGGGGCAGAUAAGGUAGGCCACGCAGAUAAAUUGAAACUUAACAUUUACAAUUUUUCUGCGUGGGCUCAUUAUUUUCGAUUCUUGUCCAAAAUAUAGCAAUUUUUUAUCAAAAACGUUGAUAAUAUGAUAGUUCUCAUCGAUUUGAAGCAAUAGGGACAGUGACAAUUUGUAAACUGAGACAGGGGGGCAGAUAAGGUAGGCCACGCAGAUAAAUUGAAACUUAACAUUUAAAUUUUUCUGCGUGGGCUCAUUAUUUUCGAUUCUUAUCCAAAAUAUAGCAAUUAUUUAUCAAAAACGUUGAUAAUAUGAUAGUUCUCAUCGAUUUGAAGCAUUAAGAACAGUGACAAAUGUUAGACUUAGACAGGGGGGCAGAUAAGGUAGGCCACGCAGAUAAAUUGAAACUUAACAUUUACAAUUUUUCUGCGUGGGCUCAUUAUUUUCGAUUCUUGUCCAAAAUAUAGCAAUUUUUUAUCAAAAACGUUGAUAAUAUGAUAGUUCUCAUCGAUUUGAAGCAUGGAGGACAGUGACAAAUUUUAAACUUAGACAGGGGGGCAGAUAACGUAGGCCACGCAGAUAAAUUGAAACUUAACAUUUCCAAUUUUUCUGCGUGGGCUCAUUAUUUUCGAUUCUUGUCCAAAAUAUCAGAACUUUUCAUCAAAAACGUUGAUAAUAUGAUAGUUCUCAUCGAUUUGAACCAUUAAGAACAGUGACAAGUUUUAGACUUACACAGGGGGGCAGAUAAGGUAGGCCACGCAGAUAAAUUGAAAUUUUAUAUUUCCAAUUUUUCUGCGUGGGCUCAAUAUUUUCGAUUCUUGUCCAAAAUAUAACAACUUUUCAUCAAAAACGUUGAUAAUAUGAUAGUUCUCAUCGAUUUGAAGCAUUAAGAACAGUGACAAGUUUUAGACUUAAACAGGGGGGCAGAUAAGGUAGGCCACGCAGAUAAAUUGAAACUUAAUAUUUACAAUUUUUCUGCGUGGGCUCAUUAUUUUCGAUUCUUGUCCAAAAUAAAGCAAUUUUUUAUCAAAAACGUUGAUAAUAUGAUAGUUCUCAUCGAUUUGAAGCAGUAGGGACAGUGACAAUUUGUAAAAUGAGACAGGGGGGCAGAUAAGGUAGGCCACGCAGAUAAAUUGAAACUUAACAUUUACAAUUUUUCUGCGUGGGCUCAUUAUUUUCGAUUCUUGUCCAAAAUACAGCAAUUUUUCAUCAAAAACGUUGAUAAUAUGAUAGUUCUCAUCGAUUUGAAGCAUGGAGGACAGUGACAAAUUUUAAACUUAGACAGGGGGGCAGAUAAGGUAGGCCACGCAGAUAAAUUGAAACUUAACAUUUCCAAUUUUUCUGCGUGGGCUCAUUAUUUUCGAUUCUUGUCCAAAAUAUAGCAAUUUUUUAUCAAAAAGCGUUGAUAAUAUGAUAGUUCUCAUCGAUUUGAAGCAUUAAGAACAGUGACAAGUUUUAGACUUAGACAGGGGGGCAGAUAAGGUAGGCCACGCAGAUAAAUUGAAACUUAACAUUUACAAUUUUUCUGCGUGGGCUCAUUAUUUUCGAUUCUUGUCUAAAAUAAAGUGGUCUCCUUCAACAAAAACGCUCACAAAUGGUAUGUCUGAACGGAAAAGUAACACAAAAAGAUUGUAGACUACCUGAAACAUUUCAUUUUACUUUUAUCUUUGCGCAUGCGUGGGUAUAAUCCCACAUUUUCCUCCUCAAAGUUUUAUUCAACUUAAAAGUAGAUGUGAGAAUGAUUUGAUGUUGCCGUCAUGUGACGCAGCGUUUGGCAAAAUGCAUCUUGCCCUGAUGCAGUAGCCCACGCAGAUUCUGGUAACCACGCAAAAAAAAGUAUUACACCGGUCUUGUGCUUGCGUUUUUCUGAUUGGCCUAUUUCGAUCCACAACUGGGUAUCUAUUUUUCCAUCGUGUUUUUUUCGGAACCUAUUCUGACGUUUUAUGCUCUGAGGAGUGUCAGACGAAAAAGCUUUUAGUAUGUCGUAAAAUGUUUGCUUUAUUCAAAACCAUUUUCAAAUUCUGUACCGCAAAAAAAUUGUUCAAACCUGAUAAAAUUGGUAAAAGGAGCAAGAUGGGAAAAGCCACUCGAAUACGUGCAAGAGCAAAACUCAAUUGAUCAAUACAUAACAGAUUUUGUUGCCCUUAGCAGCCAUCUUUUAAAAGUCGUCGUCACUCUCCAAAGUUACAAGAGCAAGUAAAAAUUGUUUCCAACAGCUACUUGCUUUCAGGGCCUAAUUACGUUUUGACAGGAAAUCAGUUAUUACACCUAACAUGCUAAUGGCGACUUAGCUGAAAGACCAGACGCUCAGUUGAAUGGAGCACUCAGUCAAAAGCCAAACAUCACUUGUGAAAAUUGGAAAAAUCAUAUUGUGGUCAAAAGUGCGAAUCAAGUAACAAGGGAAAGGAUAAACAAUCAUGAGACCAUGGGAAAUUGAUGUAAAAGGGCCUCUCCAGCAAAAAAAAAAUUUUUUAAUGACUUAAAAUUUAGCUUCUGUUGCGUGUAUUAUGACAAAGUCAUUGUUUUUCCAAAAUUCCAAUUAGUUUAGAAGUUGUAAGGCUUUAAAGUUGCAUCUUUCCGAGAAAAAAAACGACAAAAGCCGAAUCAGUUUGGUGACAUUCUGACGUCACAAUGUGCGGCUCUCGUUCGCCAUGAAUUUCGUAUAUCUUCCACCGAAGCGCGAAGGACUCAUAGUCACGCGUUGAUAACUGCAUCCAGUUCCAGUUCCUGUUCCAGCUCUUCCCUCGCGUAUAAUCAAUCGAAAUUGUCACUUCAGUUGUUCUCCAGAAACGAUGGACAACUAAAGGCUUCAGAAUUGGUGUCUGAAAUGCUCAAACUGAAAGCUGGUGGAACAGAACUGAGAGUACCAUCACUUGCAGUGUUCAAUUUGCGAAUUGCCGUCGUUCGAUUCGGUUUGAGGCGAGACUAUCCGAAAUACACUGUGACGUCAAAAUUGCGUCACAGUGUCACCAAACCAACAAUUUUUGUCGGUUAAUUCAAUUCAAUUAUCGAAAUGCAAGAGCUUAUAUCUCACAAACUGUAAAAGAAUAUCGAAAAACAAAUAACGAAUUCGUGAUCAGCAGGCUCAACUUCUUUAUAAAAAUUGCCAAUAAAAUGCAAGUGCAAAAUUUGGCUGGAGAGGCCCUUUAACAGAAAACUGCAAAAACACCUGUUUGCACGUGUGGUCAAAAGCAUGCGCAAUUUAACUUGCGCGUGUGCAGGCGUGUGCGGGUGCGAUCGCACACGCUAAACGAAAAGGACUGCUUUUGUGUCUGCUUCUUCUUACUUCGAGAAAAGUUCUUCGGCUACAGAGGCCAGGGAAUUGGUCCCAAUGAGUAUGUUAAAAGAUCCCUCAUGCUGACAGUAUCUCUCUUCUCUCCAACAACCAGGAGAUUGGCAUCUCUCUCAGUACUGAUGGUGAUUG